UGAUUUGUAUGAGACUAUUGUUUGGAGUGAUAUUUUUAUUUCUUUCUUAUCAUGCCCAACACAAUUAAAAUUGCAUUUGCUGUUUUGGCAUAACAAAUAUAGAGAGAAAGUUAAGUCAAAUGAUGGAAAACUCUGUAAUAAUUGCAAUUGGAAGGGACAGAUUUGGAAACUUUUGCUGAACAAAAUCAAUGGAAUUUAUUUCUUUCUUGCUUAAGAUAUUAUUAAUUUUCUCAAUAAACAUCUUGGAAGUUAGUACAUCUAGACAAAAAUAUGUUAUAAUUACAAAGAUUACUUACUUUGAGUCUUCUCUCCUCGAAACUGUAGACUCCAAAUAACCUGCUUACUAAUGACUUCAGUUUUAUAAGGCAGGUGUUUGAAGCCAUACACUUAUAAAAACACAAUGCCAAUAUAUUGCUGACAAGGGUGGAGGGGAUACAAGAGAGUUGUUGUUUUAAACAUCUACACCAGGGCACGACACAUCUCCUGAAGCCAUUGUGUCAUUAAUAGAUACUUUCAAGUUCAACAAAGGAUAUGUAGUAACAAAUACCAUCAAAUACAGAAAACAUUUUUGCUUUUAAUAUAGGCUUUUAAUGAUGAAUUUUCUCUGGAUUAAUCUUAUAGCCAGUUUCAGAAAUAAUAAAUAUCUUGAUACAUGGUACAUGCCUAUAUAACAAGUAAACUGGCAUGGUUUAGUUUUUAUGAAACAUGGGUUGCAUUACGCAAUAAUAAUAAUAAAAAUACAUGCAAUCAAAUAGAGAUAAAGGAUAUUUAUUUACAUAUAAAUGGAAAAAGAGUGGGUUUUUUUCAGCAUGCAAAUGCUUUACUGGCAUUGUAUGUUUCAGUGUUAAGAAUAUUUAAAGUAAUUUAUGUAAGUAAAUUAUCUAGUAUGAUGACUACUUCCUAAGUUUAAGGGGGGGGGCACUACCUUUACACUAAAGAUCACUUUAUCCUUCUAUGUCCCGCUUUAUUAGAAACAGUUUAUAGCAACAAAACUCUUCAUUUGUUUUCUUUACAAAUCUGUAAUUUUUUAUUAAGAAGAAAACUGAUGCAUGGAAUAAUUGAUACAUUUUUGUUAUAUACUUUUGUUUCAUAUGUGUAUUUAUUUAUAAAUGUCUUUUAUAGAGGCUGUGAAAAGGGUGUGGAGGAACAUGCGAGAUGAGAACAAGAGGAAGGAAAAUGGAAAAGUUCAACAGCACAGGGAAAGGAAUAAAGCAGCAAAGCGCAAGAGAGAUAAACUGAAGAGUAGGCUGAUUCAGCUGGAGCGGGAUGAAUUUUUCACGCGGGAGGAGAAGAAAUCUGUGAAACGUGCUUUCUCCGUAGAGACCAUGUCCCCAGAAGUGAGUGAUGACGAGGAUGCCACAAGGCGUGUGGCAAUCCCCUUCAUCUGGGAGUCUUCUAAAAUGACGGACAUCAAGCGAGUUCUUGACGCGGAUUACCGUCAAUCCCUUGUGGCGCAAUCACGUAGACAGAAGUCCAAAGUGUUCAGAUCUACAACAGACGCCGUGAGAACACCGCCUCCGAAGGACAUCCCGAGCUGGGUCAUCUCGUCCACGUACGCCAUGGAGUGAUGCGACUCGAGUGAAUUAUUUAUUUAUUAACAUGUUUGAAUAGUUGCUGUUUUUAUGACUCACAGAUAGUAUUUAUUUUGAGUAUAUAUUUUUUGUGUUAUUUUUUCAUUGGUUAUAAUUUGAGAUGUUUAUAUGUAUAUACUUGUACUUAAGUUAUUUUAAGAAGCAGUGUUUAUCUUUUUUGCAAGUCCCUUGUUGUUAAUAUUUGUCUAAAUAAUGCAUAUUAUCUUUGUCAUUCAGUUUUACUUGUGUAUGUUGCAAUGAAUAGUUUGUUGUCAUUGACACAGAAUAAUUUAUCUUGUAAUAUGUUUAUUAAAAAUCCCUAGCCUAUUUAUUGAUAUCUUUAAAUUAAAAAGAAUGAUUGGGAUUUACAGUGUAGGAAUUGGACACAGAUUGAAAAUUAGUAUUCUUGAUUAAUCUCUUAAAGCUUGUUUUUCCAAUUUCCAAUGUAUUGUAUGUAGCUCACUGUGAGGGAAUAAAUUCAAUAUAUGUUGUGCAUUGAAAUUGAGUUGUUAUAUAUAUGGCAAGGGAAAAAGUGAUGAAUGACUUAUAAAUACGUUUUAGUAUGUUUCAGUUGCGGAAACCACUGUAAUAAAUAAAUUUUUUAUAUAUAUGUAGAACUAUAUAUACCCAAACGGUUUAAGUGUGUCGAAAUGAUCAGGAAAUUUCAUUUAAGUUUCCAUUGCGGAAACCAUAAGUAAACAUAUAUCCAACUAGUAUAUGUAGGUUGAAACCAUGCAGAAACUUCAAGUUUCAUCAAGUUUCCAUUGCGGAAACCAUUGGUAGACAAUAGAUAUCCAGAUGGUAUAUGUAGAUUGAAACCAUG